AUGCGGUCCGUGCUACAGGAGCACCCUCAAGGUGCUGUCAUAUCCGCCGGGUCUAUCUGUGUGGAAGUGUCUGGACGCGAAAUCCUCCACGAGUUUUCCAAAAACCAUCAUGUCAUAUUCGUCAUUAGAGAUGCUGAUGACAUCUGCCAAUAUCUGCGUUCGUGCGAGUCCCAGAUUGUCUCCGAUCUUAUUCAUAUGAGCAGUCCCAUGUUCCGCGAGUUGUCAAGCUACGAAUUUUACAAUCUUUCCGACCAGUCCUUGGAGCAAUCUCAUGAGCCGAUCCGGACUUCCUCUCAAAACCAGGGGCUUCUGCUCAAAAACAUGGAAAGUGAUUUUCUGCGACUUAUCUACGCCAUCCGCCAACAGAAACCACAAUUACACACGGACCCGACAAGUAAUUCGUUAUCUUUAGCUUCUCUGGAGUCCCGUCAUAUGACAUAUGCACUGGCCUUGCCACUGGAGCUCGCCGAAUCGUUCGUUCGCCGUAGUCAGAAACUCGAUAUAGUGGCCGAUGCUGUCGAGCUGAUUAUCAGCAUUGCAGACAAUGUUGAGCAGGCCCCAUUCUCUGACGCUAUCGCCACGCAGAUCACGCGGCAAUACGGCGUUAUUCGACGGGCCUUCCAGCUUCCCAUUAUUAUUCACAUUGCAAUCCUUUGCAAGAGCGAGCACCUGAGUCAUACGACAGCAAGACUUUAUAUACAACUGGCACACCAAGCGCUUCGCCUUGCUCCAGAGUAUCUGACUAUCGACGUUCGCCUCCAGGACAAACAAAUUCGGCACAUUGCCGAUGCAAGAGGGCCGACAAAACUCAUCGGUCAUUUUCAUGAUCACAAUCCGAGGGCAAAUGCAUGGUCAAGCCGUAAGAGGCAAGAUAUCUUACGCAGGAUCAACACCUUCCCAUGUGUCCUGGCUAGACUAUGUCAAGAGGCUAUAUCAACUCAGGACAACUAUUCUGCCCGGUUGUUCCGAGAUCAGGCUAAAUCAUGGGACUGGAAUCAUAUUCCCAUCAUAGCCUACAAUACAGGCCAUCGAGGCCGUGCUUCCAGGUCCAUGAACCCCAUUCUGAGCCCUGUUACCCAUCACUUGUUGUCAUUAGACGACUCACCAAAGGCUCUUGGCCUCGACGGUUUACUCGAGGCCACGGAAAGUCAAAGUGCUCUCUUUGCCUCCUUCACCCUGGAGCCGCAAUUCUUCGGCAUUUUCGGAGCAGAUAUUCUUGCGAGUCUUGCGCCCGAUAUGCAGAACGAAGCAUUCCGAUUUUGGACGAUGCCGCACAAAACAACCAUAUUCCAGCGCUCAUCUUUACGAGACUUACAAGAUGUGAUUAGAGACCCCAAUUUUGGCGGCGCGAGUGUAGCUGCGCCCUUUAAACAAGCCAUCAUCCCCAUGAUCGAUGAUUUGAGCCCCGCAAGCAUCGCCAUAGGCGCAGUGAAUACCCUCAUCCCCAUAAGAACACGAGGUUCUGAUCGCCUUCUCCGCAGGGGCGACUGUGGCAAAGUUCUGUCUCUAUAUGGCGACAACACCGAUUGGAUCGGUGUAUACACCUGCAUUCGCAGGAAUCUAUCCCCCGUAAAUAACGUCCAAGAAAGCACCACCGCUCUUGUGAUAGGGGCUGGUGGCAUGUCACAGGCGGCGGUCUACGGACUGAUCCAUCUUGGCAUUCGCAACAUCUUCAUAUACAAUCGCACAAGGAGCAAGGCGGAAGAUCUCGUUCAAAGAUUCGACGGUAAGUGUUACUCCUCAGACCACAAGGCAUUAGAAGCUACGGAUCGAAGCAAAGUUACCGAAAGAGACAACGAAGCGUGCGGUCCAGCAAACCUCAACCUAAUAUCCUCACUUGAGGAGCCCUGGCCGGUAUUCGCACCCCUCCCGACAGUGAUUAUUUCUUGCGUUCCAGGACUUACAGCGAGCGGGGAGACAAACAUCAAGGUCCCUGAUUCAUGGCUUGGUAGAACAACAGGUGGUGUAUUCUUAGAGCUCACUUACAAUCCUCCUGAUACUUCCCUACUGAGACAAGUACGGAAAUACGCGCACCGGGGAUGGAUUUUCGUUCACGGCCUGGAGAUUUUAGCAGAGCAGGGCAUGUCACAGUGGGAGGUAUUCACAGGAAGGCGCGCUCCUAAAAAUCAUAUGCGACAAAAAAUGUGCCAGGCUUUUGCCCUAGCAACCGGGGAAGUUGAUGUGUAA